ACAACUAAAAAUCACUGCGUUUAGAAGAAAAAUAUAAUUAUAGCAUUAUAUAUUAAAAAAGAAAAGUUCAAAAGCAAGUUACGAGACCGAGGGAGCUUUAACUUUUUCUCUCCUCAGUUUUUAUUCUCAAAUUUUCUCUCCAUUUCCCAAUUCUGAGAAACCCUAAUUUUUUUUUUUGCUUCAUCAAUCGAUCCUUGCUAAUGGCCAACAGUAAUCUCCCUCGAAGAAUCAUCAAGGAAACUCAGCGUCUCCUCAGUGAACCAGCACCGGGAAUUAGUGCUUCACCAUCAGAGGACAAUAUGCGAUAUUUCAAUGUGAUGAUCUUUGGUCCCACACAGUCUCCAUACGAAGGAGGGGUUUUCAAGUUGGAACUAUUUUUGCCUGAAGAAUAUCCCAUAGCUGCUCCCAAGUUGGUUCGUGAUCCUAGUUUUGGAAAUUUCAGGGGUCGAGCUUUCUUGCAGCUUGGAAGAAUAUGCCUUGAUAUUCUCAAAGAUAAAUGGAGUCCAGCACUCCAGAUCCGAACUGUACUUUUGAGCAUUCAAGCACUUUUGAGUGCUCCAAAUCCUGAUGAUCCACUUUCUGAGAAUAUUGCCAAGCACUGGAAAACAAACGAGGCUGAAGCUGUUGAGACAGCUAAGGAAUGGACCCGUUUAUAUGCAAGCAGUGCAUGAUAUGAGUGGGAAAAUGUUUGCCCUCUGAAAGUAACACUAUGCAAUGUAAGCUAUUUUUGACGUGAAUUUCAUACGGAAAUUAUGAAGAAUUGAUGUUUGAAUGAGUUUGAUAUUCGCAAAGCUUCCAGUUUUUACCAGUUAAUCAUUUACCCGUUGGAAGCAGUCUCUGAACUUGUAUGAUAAUACACAUUGUUCUCUGAAACACUCUCGAAUGCUGAACUAUUGAAUUAUUCUCAAAUUUAGCUAAUCAGGUUAAGGUUUUGAUGCAGUAGUUAUAUACCAUGUUCUUCAAUUGAAAAAUAGACUGGAAAAUGUAAGUGAAAUAAAAGAAUGAAGUGAAUUAAAUUUGGGAUUCAGGUUUAAAGUU